CGUUUAACAUUGCUGCCUAUCCAAUAAGGGCCGAGUUCAUUUUUAGAGUGAAAAGGGCAGAGCCCAUGAGAUUCCUGUUCAAAUCUUUGCUUAUCGCUGACUGCAACUUAGAAUUGAAGCAAUCAAAUCUAAUUUCUCUCUAAAAUAAAAAGCAAAAUCCUGACAAACAGAUCCAGUUCCCAGAAGACAGAUCCAGUUCCCAAAAGAAAUGGAGAAGAUGAACCAAGCAUUCGAGAAGAUGAAGAUGCUAGUGGGAAUGGAAGUGGAAGACGAAGAGCAAGCCCCGGAACCAGAGGACUCCAGUUCCUUCUCUUUCAUGGACGAUUUCAAUCGCAGCUGCACCCUCUCCACCAAACAGCGGCUUUACGGUUUUGCCAUAUGCUUUGUUUCUGGCUUAGCUUGUACCCUUUUGUCAAUGCUGGUCUUUUUCAAUCCAGUUAAGUUUGGGAUUACGUUCACAUUUGGCAAUUUGCUUUCACUCGGAAGCACAGCAUUUCUAAUUGGCCCAAAACGUCAAGUGACUAUGAUGCUUGAUCCUGUUCGUAUAUAUGCAACAGCCUUGUAUCUUGGAAGUAUAAUUAUUGCCUUGUUCUGUGCACUAUAUGUUCAUAACAAGCUUUUGACACUUUUGGCAAUCGUUCUUGAAUUUGGUGCACUAGUUUGGUAUAGCUUGAGCUACAUCCCCUUUGCAAGGUCAAUGGUUUCAAAGAUCAUGCUAGGUUGCUUUGACACUGAAUUUUAGGCCACAGAAGGGAAAACUGGUCACAGUGAUUGGAUUUGGAGUACACAACUCAACAUGAAUGUUAAUGUAAAUUUUGUGCAGAUUUAUUCUAGAGAGUUCGACCUCAAAUGUACCGAUGUUCAAAAUUUAGUUGUGAUCAGCUUUUGUACGAAUAUGAAAUUUAGCUGUCCCAUUUCAUACAUCCAUGCCCUCUUAUUCUCUGGCUUAUAACUUUUAGAAUAAGAUGCUCCAGUUUUUGACCUGUGCAA